AUGGCGCUUUCAGAGCUCGACUCCGACGCGCACAGCGAUGCGCACAGCGAUGCGCACAGCGAUGCGCACAGCGAUGCGCACAGCGAUGCGCACAGCGAUACGAGCGCGCGGGGCGACGCGCAAGCGCUGCCAGCGCCGCUCUCGAACCCCGGGACAAGCCACAAGCUUACCAACAGCCAGUACGAUUGCUUAGACGACUUGCUUGACGACCUUCACGAUCACGGAGCCAAGGCUGGCUUUGCCGUCUACAAGAUGCGCAGCAACAACUAUAUCAAGGACUUUGGGCCCAGUCGAGUUGAUCUCGGCUGCUACAAGGGCAAGAUUCAGCCCUCCAGAGCCCACUCUCGCAACACUUCGACAGUCAAACAAGGCUGUACGUGGCAGGCCAUCGCGAAGGCGCUGUUGGUUAAUGGGGAGCGCAAAUGGACCUUCCACAUCAAGUCUGGCUGCGAGAGCCAUGUCAAUCACGAGGCAAAAGACUUUCAGUGCGCGAGGCGACUCAGAACUGAGCACAAGGCCUUCGUAGCGCAGUAUAUCGACAGACCGGCGGUUUCAAACCGCGAAGUGGCUGUUGACCUGCGCAACAAGUUUCCAGGCAUUGUCUUUACUCGGCGCCAACUACGCAGUCUGCGCUACCGGCUGCGCAAGGAGUCCCUCAACGGCUAUACACCCUUCCAAGCAACCAAGAAGCUACUUGAUGAUGAGGGCAUCAUGCACCAAAUCAAGUGGGCAGCGGCCCCCGAUGACGGUGAGGCAGAGCGGAAGCCAGAGGGCUUGUUUUGGACAUACAAAUGGUGCGAGAAGCAGUGGGUUCUGUACCCAUGGGUCCAGCUCUAUGACAACACCUACAGGACCAACAAUAAGGGGCUUGCCUUCUUCCAAGUUCCCGAGAGGCAAGAAGGCUUCGACUGGCUGAUGGACCAAGUUGAUGUCAAUCGCGCGCGAAUCGGCGCCUCAACACCAAGCGUUACCAUCACCGAUUACGACGACGCCAUGCGGAACGCGAUUGCCAGAGUAUAUCCGGAAGCCCAGCCGCAAAUUUGUAUAUUCCACAUCAACAAGAACGUCGCUUUGCACUUCAAGAAGAAGUGGAACAAAGAUGCCGCCGCUGCGGUAGCUCAGUCAGGACAGCAGUCAGCACAGCAGUCAACUGGCCAGUCAGAAGCCCCCUCUGACCUUGACACUCGACAAGACGAUGGGGAAGAGGUUGAGCGAGUUGUGAAUCGAGCCAACAGGGCUGCCGACGGCUCUCUCGAACCAUUGCCAACAGAGGUGGAGUACUCAAUGGCUGGCAUGUAUACCCUUUGGGAGCACAUGAUCUACUCUGCUAGCUUGGAUUCCUUCAACGCUGCGUGGGAGAUGAUGAGAGCGUAUUUUGCUAGCCAGACAGCUAUUCUGACGUAUCUCGAGACUACCUACUUGCCUGUUGUCGAACAGUGGGCUGGCUGCUAUAUCAACAAGAGACUCAACUUCGGCCAGCGCACCACAUCGCCAGUCGAGUCAGUCAAUGGUUACCUUAAGAGCUUUGUGAUCAACGGCAACAGCACUGUAAAGCAAGUCGUCGGCCAAGCCUUCAACAUGGUUACAGAGAUGGAGCGGUCAGUCAAGGAAGCAGUCAAAGAGGAAAAGAACCGCCUACGCUUCGAGUACAUAGGCCAGAAGUGGCUUGGCUCAGCGCCUUAUAACGUCUCCUCCAAGGCGUUGAAGUUGGUGACGAAGCAAUACCGAACUAUGCUUGGCGCUGUCGAGUCUCGCAGUCGGCCAACUGCGGAAGCUCUCAAGCCUUGUACCGGCCGAUUCACAGCGCAGUAUGGUAUGCCUUGCAGCCAUAAGCUCUUUGAGCGCUACCAAGUUAAGAAUCUGAUGCUGAAGAAGGAGGACUUCCAUCCAUACUAG